AUGGCCCUCGCUCGUCCUGCUUCAAAGCUUCCACCGGGUGCAAACCGUAUCCUUUUUGUGAAGAAUCUGAAUUACCAGAUCACCGGCGACGACCUCUACGAUUUAUUUGGACGUUACGGUAGCAUCCGUCAGAUUCGAAUUGGGAAUGAGCAGAAGUCGCGGGGAACCGCCUUCGUUGUAUUCGACGAUGUUAUGGACGCCAAAAAUGCACUUGACCACCUGAACGGGUUCCAUUUGCAAGAACGCUACAUUGUCGUUCUGUACCAUAUGCCUGCCAAACAGGAUGCGGCUGCUGCGAAAGCUGAUUUGGCACGUCGGGAGGAGGAGUUGGCCCAGCUGAAAAGGAAGCACGAUAUUAACGACGAGGACUGA